AUGAAGUUUCUUUGCCUUUGUGGAGCAUACGGAAGCUCGGAAAAAUUCAAGGUCCAACUGGAAGCACCUCUCGUUAAUGAGCUCACCUCCGAUAAUACCGCGGAACUACAUUUCAUCCAUGGGCCUUGUCAAGCUUUCCCACCUGAAGGGUUUGAGGAAUACUUCGGCGCAGCCCCAUACUAUCGAUUUAUCGAGGGUGCCAAGGCGGAGGAUGGUAGUCACGAUGAUAGCGAUGUCCUAGAAAGAAUUCGAAACUUUCCCGAAGGUGGCAGUGCUGAGGAUCAAAUGCGCGCUUUGAUGUAUAUGGGUGUUUCAGCUACACCUCUACCAUCUGCUGAAGACAACAACAAAGCUGAAGACAGCAGCACACAGAAGGCCAUCGACUAUCUUUAUCGCAUUAUGGAAGAGGACGGGCCCUUUGAGGGCAUAAUUGGCUAUUCAGAAGGUGCGACCGUGGCGGCUACCCUUUUAUUGCACGAGCAGCGGAGAUACGAGACCAAGGGAAUACCUACAAUGUUCAAAUGUGCUCUCUUUUUCGCGGGAUGGCCACCUAUGAACCCUGAAUUGGAUACGAUUGUGCUGGCAGAUGAAUCUGAUUUGACCAUCACGAUUCCUACCUGCCACGUCAUUGGUUCUUUGGACCCAUACUUGGCAGGAUCUCUUGCACUUUAUAACGUUUGCGACAUGGAUACUGCAUAUCUCUUUGAUCACGCCAAAGGUCACACUUUGCCGAGGCAUAAAGAUACCGUGAAGGAGCUUGGAGAUGUACUCCGUAUCAUGAUUUCGAACAUCGAGACAGACUCUCACUCCUCUUCCGACGGUAGUUUUUCAAUUUGA